AUGGAAUUCUAUGAGCGAUACAUCUUACUAUGUUGGUCCUAUCGUCCUAUUGACGCUUUAUACCUGGAGCAUGUUUCAUGUGAUGCUGUUACGAUCGACCGUGGAAGACCUGCUAUAUGUUUCUGGGAUGUGGAAACCAUAUGCUUACGUGAGGAGUAUGAAAUCAGAAAUGGUGGAAUUCGUACUGGUGAACUUCAGGAUCCUUACAUACCACAGGAUGAUAAUGCGGAAAAUGUUAACUUGGCGAAUGGAUCAGUUGAGGAAUACCUUUCCAACAUUGAAAGUAUGUUCAACAAGCUAGUUGAGGAUAAUAAUUUGUUGGACUCAAAACUGGUAGAAGCAAUCGAAAGGCAUCCUCUUAUUUGUGAUUUCGACGAAUGGAAAUCCAAGAUCAGAAUCUUCCUUAAUGAUGCAUCCGCGAAAUAUGGAGGUGGCAGUUCUAAUGAUUCAGGCAAUAUUGGACCUUUAUCCCAAUGGUGGUCAGACAACGCAGAACAGAUUAACAGGUCCUGUCAAAUGGCAAAAAAUUCUGUUAAAUCGUUCCACAAUUCACCCUUUCCAAACUGGAGCAUCGGGAUGACACUGGAGUUUGCUGAUAUCAUUAGCAAUUCACCACUAAAAGAUAUCAUGAAAACUCCAAAAGACCAAUGUCUAAGUCCUCUUCCAUUAUCAAUUGUUCCUAUUCAUAGUGACGACGGUGCUGUCCGCGCAAGAGAGUUAAGGCCAAGAAAUAAGCCCCCUGUACUACGUUCUCCGUUCAUUGUACGGGCAGUUGAUAUAACCAAACGUAUAUCACGUGCUCAGAAGGACCUAUCUGAAUGGGUUUUCUCAACACAAGGUCAUCCAAGUGACGAACUUCUCCGGACAUGUGCUGGUGUAGCUGCUGAACGCUUUCACAUGGAAAGCUUUUUCCCCAAAUGUGAACUGUUUGGACACGUACUGGAUUGCUGGAGUCAUCUGUUAAAUUUCGUUGAAGAUUUGCGUUCCAAUUUAUCUCCUCGCAGACUAUUUGCCACUACAACGUUGACGAGUUUGUAUCUCGAAAAUACUGCGUUGACAGAGGAAGAUCGUCAGAAAAUUUUUAUUGAAAAUUUGAGCCUAUCCAUUGACGAUUUUGAUGCAACACUGCGCGAUGUUGAAUUACUAUUCCUACCAGUCGUCCGUGAAUUUCAUAUUUUCCUUGUCGUACUCGACUUUCAUCAACCAGCCUUUUGGAUCAUUGACAACAUCAAAAGAGAUGAAGACACCCACGACACAUAUGGUCUACUACCAGAUCUCAUUCAUUCAUACAUGACUCAAUAUUUGCGGUCUGUUCACCAUCCAAACGCUGAAGCCUUUUCACAUGUCCCAAGACAAAUCCUCCAACUAUCUUGGUCAACAGUAAACAAUAGCACUGACUAUGGUAUUUUUACUAUGCGUCACAUGGAGACGUUCAUGGGUGGAAACAUCAGAGAUUUCAAAACUGGAUUCAAGUAA